AUGGCCGACUUCGACGACGAGAUGCAACGCCUCUUGGAGGACGCAGGGGCCGACAUGAGUCUCCGACGUUAUCUUCGUCAUAGAGGCUUCAUCAAGGCAGGCCUCUUUGCGGCAGCUGCCUCGUCGACCGACGAGCUUGAUGCGGCGUUGCUUCAGCCCCUCAUUGACGGCUACACGAUCGCGACGGACGACAUCAUCCAGCUGGACGCAUUGGCGGUCACUGUAGCAAAAGCAAGACUUCGCUUCAUUUGGAAAAAGUCCCAGCCGGCUGGAGCGGCCCCGACUGCAGCUACGGCACCGACAGCGACUGCGUCCGCAGCUACCUCCUCGAAAUCGUCCAAAGAACUACCGUCAGGUUGGUGGGCGGCCCAAAUUGCCAAGUACGAGGCGGGUUCGGGGACGACCCCGUCCCGCACGUUCCCACAGGAUGAACUCUUAGGCGCAGAAACGGUGCUGGCGCGUCUGGUACAUGAAGACAAGACGAAACUGUACACGGCUCUGUCGCUCACAGAGUUAGUAGAGGCACGCUUCUUCAAUGCAGCGGGCGAGCCCAACCCCAUCCACCAGCAUCGCCACAACAAAAAGUCGACUACGCUCACUAUCAAGAGGGAGGGCGACCACGACGACGGAUACUCCUUGGAGGCAGAGAAAGAAGCGCCUUGGAACCCAAAGUCGACCCUCGCGAUCCUGGACUGUCUGACGGCGAUCAGGUGGGCGUGGACUUUGUGUGAGUUUGGCGAGGAGAGCGACAUCGUCCGCUUCAUCAACUGGUUCCAAAAGAAAGUCAGGCAGAACUCUUCACGCUUGGAACAAAUGAAGUCCUACUGGGAGGCCGUGGCGUGGAGAAUUGCGCUGCAGUCUCGCUCCGGGGGCAAGCUCGCCGACAUCGUUGACGCGAUCAUCGACGACACGCAGGCCUUUCAGGAAGCCAUGGCCCGCGAUGUCCCGUCAGACCGCCCGGCCAAGAAGCAGACCUUGCAGACUUCUACGACCACGCAGCAUUGGACGCCAAAGUGGGAGUCAAAGACCAGCGACUUCAAGGGCAAGUCGCGCAAAGGCGGGGGCAAGGGUGGCAAGCCCGUACUCAAGCGGUGGCAGCCGUACUCGUACGGCGACAGGCGGCCAGAACAAGGCAGUUGGCAGCGCGACUCGUGGCGUUCCGACGGUGACCGCUACUCGGGCCGGCAGGACCACUCGCAGUCUUGGGGCAGCCAUGCGAAGCGACCCCGCAUUGAGUCCCCGGCCGUGGUCCUCAAACCCAACCCCCGCUUCAGCCAGCGCAAACAAGGCCUCAUCGUCUUAAGCUUCUUUGACGGCCUCGGCUCCGCCCCGCACAUUGCAACCACGUGGCUACAGCACUUCGAGGUGCGCCGCAUUUUCGCAUGGGAGACGGACGGCGACCUAGCAAAGUUGUCACAAGAGCGCUUCGGCGCGUUGUUAGUGCACCGAGGCGAUUUCGUCGCCGAUGGACAGGCUCCCGGGUCGGCGGGUCCGGAUGGAUCCAAGUUCCUUAGAUUCUGCGAGUUCCUCCGAAGUUUGGAAGCCGCCUGGGGUCGAGCUCAGGCUGCUCUGGUGGUGGAAAACGUGGUGCCGCAGAACAAGCAGGAUGUCCGAAUGUUCGAACAGAAGCUCUCGGCCACGGCAGUGGUGGCGGAUGCAGCCGACUUCGGAGUGAUAUCCCGUCCACGGGUCUGGUGGACCCGCAUUCAGUGGCAACAACUGGCUUCGUCUUCCUCGUGCCCAGUCAGAUUGCGCUGGUCGAAAUACCAAGGCCUUCCACAAGUUCAUCUUGACGUGCCCAAGGACGACCUACACGACUACGACGUCGGCGAGUUACAGUGGCCAGAGAACCUCACAUCAGGGAGGCGACUACUACCGUGCCUGACGACUCCGGCCGACAACCCGGAAGGGCGUUCGGCGCCGCGCUCAUGCAAAGGGAAGGUCGACAGCGACACGCAGGCAAGAUGGUUGGCGCACAACCGCUCCUUGGCACCUUGGCACUUCGAAGCUGGGAACAUGUGGAAGGCUCCGGAUGGACGCCUAUGCCUACCGACCCCGUCUAUCAAAGAACAGCUGCAUCACCUCCCCAAGGACUACACGUCUGCGCUCACGCCCCACCAGCGUGACAAAGCGCUGGCCAAUGGUUGGCACGUGGGUGUGGCAAGGUGGAUGAUGGCGCUGGCGCUGUUUUGCGGGCAAAUACCGGCAUCUUCCUCGACAACGUCUGUGCCGCAACCUCUAGGGCCGUUUGGAGAGAACGCCCUCGACGUGGUGUGCAACAUUUGGCAGUCCGCGCCACUGCUAGUGGGGCCAGGGGUGCCAUUAGCACAGGAGGCGGUCGACCUCUCGGCGAUCACCGACUCUGCGGAACAUUGGCGUGCCUCGUUCGGUCUACUACACCCGCACCAAGCGCCACCGUCGUUGGAGCCAGGGCUAGCCCAGUGGUUGCCGGUUUGGAGCCAUUGGAAGAGCGUGCUACCUGACCUUCGACCUCGAGUCACGCAGGAGCUCUACCAGGACACAAGCGGUCGCCCUACCUUACAAGUACCGGCGAUCAAGUCGCUGGCGCAACGACUCGGUUGGCCAGACUACGUCCUAUUUGACGAGCUGUCACAAGGAUUCCCACUGCUAGGCCAAAUCAGCCCUGGUGCAGGAUGGCGACAGAGGUCGGACGCGAGGUACUCCACCCCAGUACGAUUGGAGCAGUUCUUCAGGGAGAACGACGAGUUUGUGUGCACUCGACUACGUCACACCAAGGUGGACCAGCAUUGGCGCACCAUGGCAACGGAGAUAGCCAGCGAUGUCGUCAAAGGCCGAAUGGAGGGGCCGUUCGAAGCGCCGGCCCAUUGGCCUAAGCGCACAGUGGCUCUGGCCGAUUUUGAACACACAAGACGUCUUCUCCCCCUUCCACUAGGCGGCCGUAUGGCAGUAUCUUUUGCUUUCCCGGUGCACCAGGUGGGGGCGGACGGUGCGCCCAAGGUACGCAGGGCGGAGGAUUGGCGAUCCAGUGGGGCGAACAAGACCGUCUCAGUGGACGACACGCCAGCGUACCAUGACAUCUAUGCCUUCAUUGCAGUGGGGAGAGCGAUUGCAGCUCGGCACCCAGGGGUACAGCUGGUUACCUGGGGCCUUGACCAUGAGGCAGCAUAUAGGCAGCUACCGGCAGAGAACCCCGACCACGCCUACGUGAUCCUUCCCACGCCCGCAGGGCCGACCCUAUGGCGACAUCGAGCCCUACUCUUCGGUUCGACCGCGUCGGUUUGGUCUUACUGUAGAACGGCCGACUGCAUGGCUUGGUUGACUCGGUCAUUAUGGUUGUCGCCGACCCUCCACUUUGUCGACGACUACGGCGCCACAGAGACGUCCCCGGAAGCCAACUCCAGCUUCCAAGAGAUCCAGGAGGGUUGCGGGUAUUUGGGUUUUAGGUUUAAAGCCUCCAAGGCCCAACCACCUUCGAACAAGCAGACGUUGUUGGGGGUCGAGCUUCAGUACUUCCCUGACAGAGCCGAGAUACACCCGACCUCUGCUCGUGUUGCCCGACUUCGCAACCAGUUGGAAGAACUUCUCGUAUGUGGACAACUCCGACCCCGUGACGCGGCCUCCUUGGUUGGUCGAUUACAGUUUGUGGCCCAAUCGCUGUUCGGACAAGCCGGAGCAGCGGCACUCAAGCCCUUCCAUAGACGGGCAGCAGCAGAGAACCACAGACGAGGAGGCGCGGAGUGGCCGCUAGGCUCGGCGUUGACUUCGGCGACCCAAUGGCUGGUAGGGAGAUUGCAGGCACCCAGACCGCGAACGAUCAACUUCGUCGUGCAUGAUACGGCCGUGAUCUACGCUGACGCCUUCUUCGAGAUGGGGGGACGCAAAUGGCGACCAGGCGACGACUACGACAUCGACAACAUCGUGGCCCCUAGCACUUUCGUCAACGGUUGGGGCUGUGUGGUCCGGACCAAAGACGAGUGCCUCUACGCAGCGGGAACUCUUCCAAUGUGGUUCACACGUCACUUCUUUACGAGAAGAAGCUACAUUUACGUGCUCGAGAUCAUGGCGCAGGUGAUCCCAUUGGUCCGGCUCGCAGACAGAUUGCCUCGGCACAUCACACUCUUCAUCGACAACGAACCUGCACGACACGCUUUGAUCAAGGGUUUUGGCAGGGACGACUGCGUGAACAAGCUGAUCCAAUGGUUCUGGACCUUCGUGGAGGACCACGGUUGGUGGCCGGUAUGGCAACGUGUGCCGACUUCAGCCAAUGUAAGCGAUGCCGUGAGCCGCUUUGACUUCGACCACGCGGAAGCAGAGGGUUGGCAACGCGUCGACCUCACCGACGACGCCUUCUUGCAGUUUUUUAUGGCCUCAGGCGUCGCACCUAUGGUGUUUGCAGUCGACCUCGACUUCGACCGACCACGAAUGGUGGAUAGGUCGAUGCGGGGAACGACUGACACGACGCCUGCUGGAGUCUUCGCAUAA